AUGGAGAGAGAGGGGGAGCUUCGACAUUUCCUCCAUGAGCGUCAUCUGUUGAUCUUUAAUGAAGAGCUAGACAAGGAUUAUAGAAUACCAUAUUGCGAUGGGUGCAGAAAAAAAAUAUCGGGUCCUAAUUACAGUUGCAAAGAGUGCGGUGACUUCAUCAUUCAUAAAUCAUGUGCAGAACUACCCCGCGAGUUGGAGCACCCGUUGCACCCCAAACAUCCCCUCCUUCUCACCCAUUAUUAUUUGUACGGGAAGAAACGCAAAUGCGAUGGUUGCAAUAGAGAGCAUAUAUGGGGCUUGAGUUACCAUUGUUCUGACUGUAAUUUUAGCCUUGAAAGUACAUGUGCUUCUCUACCGCUCACCGUCCAAGCUGAAAUUCAUCAUGAACACCCAUUGACCCUCAUGCGGAGAUCUGUUUCUUUCACUUGCGACGCCUGUGGGAAAGAAGGCAAAGGCAUGUUUUACUUAUGUGCUCUCUGCCCAUUUUUGGUCCAUACAGAAGAAUGUAUUUUUGGUCCAUUGCUUGUCAAACAUAUCCGUCACAGACACCCUCUUCACCUCACCAAAUCCCUCAAGCCUCAGCUCAAUCAAUCUGACCAUCGACUUUGCCUACUCUGUGUUAAAAAUGUGAACACAAACUACAUGGUUUAUUAUUGCUCUAGUUGUGAUUUCGUUACCCAUCUUCAUUGUGCUGCAAAUAUAAAUAUGGAAGGGGAACAGUGGGAGCGUAUUGAAUCAACAAGUAUGGCUAAAUACGAAGAUCCGGGGCUUGAUGGCGGAUCUAUUGAUCCAUUACCAUAUGUUGUCGAGAAAUCCAAACUGGGAGAGGACAAUAUUGAAAUAGCCGUGGAAAUCAAACACAUUAGUCACGAGCAUGACUUGAAGCUUAUUGAUGAGCAGCUCGAGAACGAUGAAAAAUGUGACGGGUGUAUGUGGCCUAUCUCACCUCCAUUUUACACAUGUACUCAAUGCAGAUUCUUUCUUCACAAAUCUUGUGUUGAAUUACCCAGCAAAAAUUCACACCCACUUCAUCAACACCCCCUCAUUCUCCUCACCGAGUCACUUUAUGUUAAUAAGUAUUUUAUUUGCAAUGCUUGUAGACGCCGUUCUAAUGGCUUCGUCUACCAUUGUGACAAAUGCAACUUCGACCUUGAUGUCCAAUGCAGUUUGAGAUCUGACAUCAUGAACCAUAAAGGUCAUGAGCCACACCAACUUAUUCUCUCCAGCACAUCAAAUGAUGAGAAGUGCAGUUCUUGUGAUAAUGACGGAAUAAUUUUUUGUUGUGCUUCCAGUGAUGAUUGUAAAUUUACUCUGGAUUUCAGAUGCGCUACACUACUGGCUAUCAUAAGAUACAGAUCAUAUGAACAAUUGUUCACACUUUGUUAUAAAAGUGAAGAUGAUUCUGAUGACGAGUAUUAUUGUGAUAUUUGUGAACAACCACGAAAUCCAAAGUAUUGGUUCUACUAUUGUGCAGAUCUCGAUUUUCCUGCGCACCCCAAAUGCAUUCUUGGAGAAUAUCCAAAUAUCAAGUUUGGGAAGACUUAUAAGUUUGACACGCACGAACAUCCCCUCGCUUUUGUUGACAAGAGCAAGGGCGCCCAUCCUCGAUGUAAUAAAUGUGGUGAUUUUUGCGAUGGUUUGAGUUUUGAAUGUGUCAAAUGUAAUUUUAGUCUUCACGCUGACUCUUGGUGCUUAAGAAGAUGA